AUGGCCCCCUGUGACUACGACGUGCUGGUGUACGGAUCGUGCAUAGUUGAUUUCAUAAGCUACGUUCCACGGCUACCGAAGGUCGGUGAAACCUUGCACGGGUCCAGGUUCGCCACCGGCAACGGUGGCAAAGGAGCGAACCAAUGUGUGGCCGCGGCCAGGCUCGGAAGUCGAACCGCGAUCGUGGGCAAGCUGGGUGACGAUCCGUGGGGAGUGGCAUACCGGGAUGCACUCGCUGCCGAAGGGAUCAACGUGGAGCAGGUUGAUAUCGUGACCGGGGAGAGCACGGGAAUUGCGCAGAUUAACGUCGCCGCCAACGGCGACAACCAGAUAGUGAUUGUUGCCGGAGCAAACAAACGGCUCGGUCCGGCGGACGUUGAUGCGCGGCGCACGUUGUUCGAUCGGUCACGCAUUCUUGUCUGCCAGCUGGAGACACCGGUUGACGGAACGAUCGCCGCACUGGAAACGUUCAAGGGUAUCUCGAUCGUGAAUGCGGCUCCUGCCGAUCCGAACCUACCGCGAUCGGUGCUCACGUUGGCAACCAUUUUCUGCGUUAACGAAACGGAAGCGGCACUUUUAACGGAAAUGGCAACCGUCAGCGAUAUCGAACAGGCGAAAACGGCCGUGUACAAGCUGCAGGACAUGGGAUGUAAAACGGUUAUCGUAACGCUUGGUGAAAAGGGGGCAGUGUUUGCUCAACAGGGCGACCCAAAUGUGUACCACGUCAAGCCGGUGGAAGUGGCCAACGUAGUUGAUACUACGGGAGCCGGUGAUGCAUUUAUUGGCGCGCUCGCUCAUUUUAUGGCCAAGCACCCUGAUGCGAAACUGGCCAACUGCAUUGCAGCGGCCAAUAGAGUCGCGGCGUGGUCUGUGCAAAAACCGGGUACUCAGAGCAGCUUUCCGCGGUAUGGCGACGUAGAUGUUCCAGCCGAUUUGUCUACGCUUCAAACCCAGUGGCAAUGUGUUUGAAAGUCAUCAUUUGAAAGCAUAGACGACACACAAGCGUUCUCUGUAUUGAGAAAUAUAUUUUUGUAUCUGUUCACUAUGUUCUACGGUCUGCUAACAAUGUGGGAAAUAAAGUGCUAAAAGUAAUUUUUCUAACGCAAAAUUGCAGAUUUAUGUGUCUAUAAAAUUUAUGCUUACGAUAAAAUCAUGCAUGUACCGUUUUUAUUUCGCU